UAUUUUCUCGUCUUCUCCUCCCCACUACAGAACCCAGCCGACUACCACCGCCCACACGCACAUUCCACAAAACCAGUCUCUCAUAAACCCUAGAAAAACCCUAGCCACACCCAUACAUCUUCCACAAUGAGGCGACCCAAAUCCAAACAAUUCCGCGAGAAAAAGCGACUCUCGGAGGUCCAAGAAAUCGAAUUGAUCGAAUCGUGGGUCGAAUUCGGAAAACCCCAACCCGGUUCGAACCCGUUGUCGCUCCCGCCAUUGCCGUCCGGAGCUCCAAUCGGACGAUUCGACGAAAACACGUUCUCUGCUUACGCUGGGAGCAAGAAAUUUGAUCAAUUGCCUCUGUCUCAGAAGACGAAAGAUGGGUUGAGAGAAGCCAAGUACACAAAAAUGACUGAUAUUCAGAGGGCUUCGCUGCCUCAUGCGCUCUGCGGCCGCGAUAUUCUUGGGGCGGCGAAAACUGGGUCAGGCAAGACUCUUGCAUUCAUCAUACCGGUUCUGGAGAAGUUAUACAGAGCGAGAUGGGGUCCGGAAGAUGGGGUUGGUAGCAUUAUAAUAUCUCCCACAAGGGAGUUAGCCGGUCAGCUUUUCGAAGUAUUGAAGUCUGUUGGGAAACACCACACUUUUAGUGCUGGCCUCCUAAUUGGUGGUCGCAAAGACGUUGACGAGGAGAAGGAGCAUGUUAAUGACCUGAACAUCCUGGUCUGCACUCCUGGCAGGCUUCUUCAGCACAUGGAUGAGACUCCGAAUUUCGAUUGUUCUCAGCUUCAGGUUUUGGUUCUUGAUGAGGCAGAUCGUAUUCUCGAUGUGGGAUUUAAAAAGGCAUUAAAUGCAAUAGUUUCACAGAUACCAAAGCAUAGACAAACCUUGCUUUUCUCAGCAACUCAAACAAAGUCGGUUCAGGAUCUUGCAAGACUCAGUUUGAAGGAUCCAGAGUAUGUUAGUGUGCAUGAGGAGUCUGUAACUGCCACUCCCAAUCGCUUGCAUCAAACAGCAAUGAUUGUUCCUCUUGAUCAAAAAUUGGACAUGUUGUGGAGCUUUAUAAAGGCACAUCUUAAUUCAAGGAUACUUGUGUUUCUUUCAAGCUGCAAACAGGUAAGAUUUGUUUUUGAAGCAUUCAAGAAGCUCCGCCCUGGAAUCCCCUUAAAAUGUCUUCAUGGAAGGAUGAAGCAAGAGAAAAGGAUGGGAAUAUAUUCUGAGUUUUGUGAGAAACGUUCAGUUCUCUUCUCGACCGAUGUAGCCUCAAGAGGCCUUGAUUUUAACAAGGCAGUUGAUUGGGUUGUGCAGGUGGAUUGUCCAGAAGAUGUUGCAGCUUACAUACACCGGGUUGGGCGCACUGCUCGUUAUCUUAGUGGUGGGAGGUCAGUUCUAUUCCUGAUGCCCUCAGAAAUGAAGAUGCUUGAAAAGUUACAAGAAAAGAAGAUACCCAUUCAGUUUAUCAAGGCAAACACAAAAAGGCUGCAACCUGUUUCCACAUUGUUGGCAGCUUUAUUGGUGAAGAGUGAUGAAUUGCGGGAUCUGGCCUGUAGGGCCUUCAUCACCUACUUGAGGUCUAUCCAUAUACAGCGGGAUAAGGAGGUUUUUGAUGUGAUGAAACUGCCCAUUGAGGAAUACUCAGCAUCAUUGGGUCUGCCAAUGACUCCGAAAAUUCGCUUUCUGAAACAGAAAAUUAAAGGAAAAAAAGUGUCAGGAGAAUAUUCUCUUCAAGAAGAAAGUUAUGACAAGGAAGAAAAUUUGUUUGAGCUUCCAAGAGAAAGUAUAUUUACCAGGAAACUUGAAGAUGACAACGUGGAUGAAGUUUUUCUUUUAACAAAGGCGACUCCACAUGAAGAGCAAGAUAAAGCAACUGAGAUCGGAGAUUUUUCAGCAACACGGGUUUUGAAGAAAAAGAAACUGAAAAUUAAUGUCCACAGACCAGUGGGGACCAGAGUUGUCUUUGACGACGAAGGCAACACACUGCCCCCACUUGCAACAUUAGCUGAUGUGAAGAGUGGCGAUGACUCAGUUCAGCUUGACAAAGACACAGGUAUGUUUGAUAUUCCUCGGUCAUUGAAGAAGGUUAAAUUAGUGGAAAGACAUUGGCAAGGCUUUUAUCAAAUAAAGAAUAAUUAACAGAAUAUCUAAAAGGAGAAAUAAAUAUCUUAAUCUAAUUAACUUCAUUCCUUCUUGGUGGCAUAUUCUGAAUGAUUCAAGAAAUUUAACUGCCCCACAUUCCACGGACUCUUUGAAAUUUUGGAAUUUCAGAGAUACCCGUGUCGACACAACAUGACAUGGGUGCGGGUGUGGGAUAUGGCCUUUACAAACAGAUCCGGCUAUGUUUUGCCCUAAAUACAGAAGAAAUGAAAGAUGAGAGGGCAAGAAGUGAACCUGGACGCCGACUUCCCUCUGGUCGCUGGCUUCGAUCUUGCGCCAAUCGAUUCCUCACUCUCGAUCUUGUUUUUCUUUGAUCUCUUCGACCUCGUUUCGAUCAAUGUCGUCUUCUAUCUGCUGUCUUCCCAGUCGAUCUCCUCUUCUCUCUCUCUCUCUCUUUCUCUCUCUCUCCUUUUUAAUAUAUGCUAU